AUGGCUAUGUCCAACGUUUCUUCCCUGAACUUCCAAAUCCCUCAUCCUUUUCUCCCCUCUCCUCAAUUUUCCCUCAAAUUUUCGCGCGCUUUUCCACCGGUGACUCAAAAACGUUUCCGACCAAUAACCGCCUUCAAAGAAUGGCGCGAAUACGAAGAGGCGGUGAAGCGGAAGGACCUCGCCGGAGCUCUCACUUUCCUCAAGUCCCUUGAAACCGAGCAACGCCUAACUGCUGAGCCUUUCGGGGAAGAAGCUUCUCCGGUGGCCGAGUUGACUCGGUCUCGUUUCCGUGAAUUGGAAGUGUUUGGGCCGCAGAGGGAUUGGGAAAUUCUGGAUACUUGCAUGAAUGCUGAUAAUAUGAAACUCGUUGGGAAUGCUUACAAGUUUCUUAAGGAUAGGGGUUUCUUGCCCAGUUUUGGUAAAUGCAGAAAUAUUGUUUUGGAGGGUCCGAGGAAUGUAACACCAGAUGUCUUGAGCUCGUCAACUGGUUUGGAAGUGACUAAACUUGCACCAAAAAAGUGGGGUCUCGCGGAUGGUUCAACUGCUGCUUUGGUUGCUUUUUUUGGUGGUGUGUCCUUUCUUAUUUCACAAGGAAUAGAUCUCAGGCCCAACCUUACAGUGGUAUUAGGUCUAGCCAUUGCAGAUUCUAUAUUCCUAGGAGGUACCUGUUUAGCUCAAAUAUCAAGUUACUGGCCGCCAUAUAGGCGCCGAAUCCUAAUUCAUGAAGCAGGACAUCUCCUAAUAGCUUACUUGAUGGGUUGCCCAAUUCGGGGGGUGAUUUUAGAUCCAAUAGUUGCAAUGCAAAUGGGUAUCCAAG